UUUCAUUUAAAUGGUAUUGUAUGCAUGUAUACAAAAUAUUGCCAAUAUAAAUUUGGAACAUUGUUUUAUAAGAUUUUUGUAACUUAGUGAACUAAAUUUUUAUAAAAAAAAUAGUGAACAAAUUUAUCAUAAAAAUAUUGCCCCUUUUGACUUAAUUUUGUAAAUUUGGUGUAUCUACAUACAUAAAAAAAAUUUAGUUCAUUGUGUAACAAAAAUAUUAUAAAACAAUGUACCAAAUUUAUAUUGGCAAUAUAUUUUAUGCCCUGUGAGAAAUCAAAGAAAAACAAAAAAAUAAAAAAUAAAAAAAAAACACAUCAAAGAAACGAACGCAAGACUGAGUCUCGUCGGGGCCCUAUGCUCCCGAGAGGAGUAAAAAUGAAAAAAAAAAAAUAUAUAUAAUUAUUUUAUAAAAAUACUAAAAAUAAUUAAUUAAAUACCUAAAAAAGUAAGCAGCGCCGUUUAAAUCUAAUUUUAACAGUACGAAAUAAUAAGAAUCAAACUUUAGAUAAAGAAUAUUGAAAAAAAAGAUGAAUAAGAACCAAUGAAAAAGUAGCUGAAAUAAAAAACGCUUAAGCUUAAAACAUAUAAAAAAUAUGAAAAAGUGCCAGAGUAAAACUGCAAAUAAAAAUAGUUGAACUACAAAGAAAACCCAAACAAAAAAUGUGCCCAUAGUUACCGAGUGAAAUAAAAAAUAAUUUCCCAAACAAAUUUCAAAGCCUAAUAACUCUACUCUAAAAAAUGAGGCGAAAGAUGGAACAAAUACCUUUAAAAUACAUACUUAUGCACGUAAAUACGUAAAUACGCGUGAGCAAGUGUGCGUGCUUGUGUGCGAACAGGUUUUUGAGACAUUCGCUCGAAAAUGAAGUAUUGUCUCCGUAGAGUUGUGGCCAAAAAGAACGGCGUUCAAGUGUGGAAAGGUGAAGAAAGGCGCAAGUAAAGAGUGAAGAUUUUGUAUGUGCACACGUACAUACACACACACACACAAGCUCCAUCGCGGAAUUGAUUAAACAAAAACACACUCCAUACAUUUACGAGUGAGGCUGUGUGUGCCUUUGGUUUCGUGGAAGUCUGGCUACAUAUGUAUGAGUGUGUAUGUGUAUGAUAGGUGUACGUGUAUGUGUAUGUGUAUGACGGUAUGCAAUAUUGCUGAGUUGCUGGCUAUAAUUUUCUUCCUCGGCUGUCGUUGCAGCUGGACUUGGAGUUAAUUUUCGUGUUUCUGUUUCAUGUUUUUGUGUCUGAAGUCAAAAGUGAAGGCUGAAACAAUCUUUUUGCUGGCAUGUCGGCACUGAAGGUGGAUCGGGUGAGUAACAAAUUAGCCAUGUCAAUGUCACGACAGUGAGCUCGCCAACGCUACACAUUCGUGAUCGUCAAGCGCGGCACCGAAAUGCCUACCGAGAAUACAUUGCUGGAGGAACGCGCUGGCGGUGGACCGAUUUCCAUGGUACGCCCUACGCGGCUGGAACAAUUUUUGCAGGCGCCUGGUGCUGGUGGCGCGGCCGAACAACGUAGCGCUUCCAGCGGUCGUGUACCGAGCAGCGCUGCGGCAGCUGCUGCAGCUGCAGCAGCUUAUGAAACGCAACUCGCCUAUCAACAUCAUCUGGUAGCGGCCGGCUUGAUGGGUGCUGCCGGUGGUGCCGCGAACGCACAAGCUGCGCAUUCUGCCUUCGUACCAGUGCUACCAUCGCGCAAUGCUUUGCGCGCGCCGGGCGCUGCCGCCAUUUACGGUGGCAUGCUGGAUGCCGAGGUGGCGAAGGAGGCGAGCAAGCGCCAUGGCAGCAAUUCCAAUUUUGAAAUUAUCUCCAUGAUGGCGGACAAACGCAAGGAGUUGGCUUUGCGGGAAGCGGCUGCCGCAGCAAUGUUAAUGCAACGACCACCUGGACAGGGACCGCCACCGGGCGUGCCCACUGCUGUUAUGUAUCCACCACCACCGCCAUAUCUAGGCGGUCCCGGACCAUCACCGACUGGCGCCGGCACUUUCGCCUUUCCAUCGGCAGCCGCAGCGGCGGCACUCUUCCCUGCUGGGCUGCCGCCAACUAUGCACGCCGGUUUGGAUCGCCGUUUAUUGCGCGCACCGGGACGCGCAUCGCGUCCGAAGAAACAGUUCAUUUGCAAAUUCUGUAAUCGUCAAUUUACCAAGUCCUACAAUCUGCUCAUACACGAGCGCACACAUACCGACGAGCGGCCGUACUCGUGCGACAUCUGCGGCAAAGCGUUUCGCCGGCAGGAUCAUUUGCGCGAUCACAGAUACAUUCACUCCAAGGAGAAGCCAUUUAAAUGCACCGAAUGCGGCAAAGGUUUCUGCCAGUCGCGCACGCUGGCCGUCCACAAGAUACUCCACAUGGAGGAGUCGCCACACAAGUGUCCCGUUUGCAGUCGCAGCUUCAAUCAGCGCUCCAAUUUGAAAACGCACCUGCUCACGCAUACCGACCACAAGCCAUACGAGUGCUCUUCUUGUGGCAAAGUCUUCCGUCGUAAUUGUGAUCUGCGUCGUCAUGCGCUAACUCACGCCGUCGGCGAUGUGCCCUCCGAAUAUGUAGAUGUGGGCGAGGAGGAUGAGGGCCGACAUUUGAGUGGUGAUGAAGAGGAUACCCUAUUGGAAGUCGAUUCACCGCGGCAAUCGCCAAUACAUCGUUUGCAAAGCAACUCACCAACUCAAGAGCUGGGAAGCGCGACGGAUGCUGAGAAGGCGAGUGAAAACGCGCGCGCAGCUGCACGUAUGCGCCUCAAGCGCAAGGCCUGCUACGAUGCGGAAUUGUCAGAUGAAUCCGAAGAAGAGCUGGAUGAAGAUGACGAGCUGGAUGAAGCCGAGCUGGAGGAUGCCGAGCUUGAUGAUGAAGAUGAAGUGGAAACGGCGCGUAACAACUUGAAUGAAGGUUUGUUGGAACCAAGACCCACCGGGCAGGGUGUAACACACUGUCAUCAUGAAGGCGGUGAGACGUACACAAUGCGACCGUCACACGAGACGCGUGACUCAAAUGACCCCACACAUGCCGCUGGCUCGCCGCACGCCUUAUGCGCGCCACCACCCGGCUCCGUUUUCAUGCCGUCAUCCUCACCGAGCGCACGCUACAAUCCAAUGCGUGCAUUGCCUGGUGCCGGCGAAUCUAUACAUUCACCCUCAACAUCCAAUGGACCCGAGCCUUACAUACCAAUGUUGCACGUACGCAGAGAUCUCCAUCCCAAAGCGCUGCUGCUGGCAGGUAUUGAAAUGAAGAGCGCCAAUUUAUUGCCACCAAAUGUGAUGAUAGCAACAAAUGUGACGGCGCAAACUACAUCAACACAACCACCACACCCACCACAACCAACGGCUGCACCGCCAAUCGCCCUUCCGCCUGGACUAACAAGCGCUGGUACACACACGUCGUCGGGCGCGCAACCGACUGGCGUGCCACCACCACCCUUGCCGCCACUUGUCGAACCAGGGAAGAAUUUACAACAGCCCUUGCAUUCGCCGCUCGAAUCAAUGCCCAGUUUUCUUGGCUCGAUACCAAUACGCAAACGUAUUGUCGGACUCGAACAAAUGGCGGAUGCGCAACGCGCCUACAACGUGACAACAAACACCGGACUGAUGGCGCUCAAUAUGACACGUACGCAUGUCGCAAUGAAAGUCGCUACCCACCCACCGCAGCCGCCGCCGCCGCCACCGCACAAGCAAUCGCCGCAUGCUUUACCACCCAGCAAUGCGUAUUUGGUCAAUCAGUCGACUCUAUUGGGAGCGAAGCUUUUGCGUGGUGACGGUGCUGGCACGAAUUUAAUUGCAGAUGUGUCAACGCACAUGACUAGAGAGACGGGCGGCACGCCAGGUGGAGCGGCAGCACAUAUGCCGAGUGUUAGCAGUGAGCGUCAUUUCUUGUUGCCGCCGAACACAGUGGACUUGAAUACCCCUGAGUCGUUGGCUGGUAGUGGAGGCGCGCGUUCCAUAAUACCACCAGCGCCUACAACAAUAACAAUGCAACAACAACAACAACAACAGCAGCAGCCGCCGCCGCCAACGAGGCGCACUGGCUUUAGCAUAGAGGAUAUAAUGCGGCGCUGAGGCUAAGCUCUGUUGGUUGAGAGGCUGCGCGCUUAACGCGUGGCGGCGGUUUAUUUUUCCUAUGAUUUGCCCACUUUUUUGCAUUUCUCUACGCUUUGAAAUGCUUACGCUAAGAAAAUGAAUAUAUUCGCUAUUAAUUGAUUUAAAAUAUGUUAGUUUAAGAUUAUAUUUCAAGUGCCUUCUCAUGUAACUGUGUAUGUACUCACAUACAUAUAUAGAUAUUUUAGUGCCCAAAGCCAAUCUACUGCAUACACACACGCACUCUAUACAUAUUUAUAAGUAUGACCUCUGAUUUUUUAAGUUAUAUGCGCGUACUUUGAUUUUUGUUUACAGUUAAGUGCUUCUAGUUGUAGUUAUUUGCAUUCAAUGAACCUUUUUUUAAAGUAAACUGCAUACAAUUUUGGAUAUAAUUUAAAUAAUAGGCACACACACACUUACGUACAUAUGAGGACAUGCGUGCAUGCACUUAGUUUAGAAUCGUGUAAAUAUAAUUAAGUACAACCGUAUGUAUGUAUAACCACUUGCCGGGCACUUAGUGCUAUAAACGGUUCUCAAUAUUAUAAAUAUACGCGUACAUUUUACAACAACUGACAAAGGACAGCUCAAUAUUUGUUAAAAAUGUGAGCUGAGUGAACGACGUAAAGCCUUAAAUAAUUUAAAUUAUAACAAAGGUGAAUAUGCAGGUGAAUUGAUAUGACAGUGGAUCUCACAAAACAUAGAGAAUAAAACAACAAAAAGUCUACAGAGCAUUCGAGCUUUUUUCGCCCUCAGUAAAGUUGGGCGCCUGCUGUGUAUGAAUGACUUUUCACAUAUUAUUAUGCUUUCUAGCAAGUUGGGCCCAUUUCCAAAUGCAUUCUAUGGGAGUAAAAAAAUGUGUAUGCGCUUGAGAAUGCUAAGCAUCUCUUUGUUAUUUAAUUAAAAAAUAAAACAAAAAACAAAAAACAAAAAAUGUAUCUAAUAUCCACGCAGUCUAUAACUAUUCUGAGAGAGAUACUGCAUGCGAAACAGAGAGCUUCGCGAAGAGCGCUUAGCUAACACUUAAUCUAACAUUUCUCUGCUAGCACUUCUAUAGCAAUGUAAGGUUACAGACAGAGUGGAAGCGAAGCCGAAGACACAAUCGAAGCCCACGACAGUCAGUUCUAUGUAAUCGGAACGAUUCGGAUUUAUAUACGGUUAAGGACUGGCACUUCAACAGCAUUCUCCUUACAUGUAUGGGAAAUGUUUAUGCUGUCACAACAACAAGAACGAAUUGCUUGCGUUGCGGCAAACUGGCGAGUGUUCAUAGAGGAAGACUCGCACGAUGUAGUAACUAUUAAAAUGGAUUCGUCUUCAGAUGGAGCAAAUAUUAAUUGUUAAAACAGCAAAGCCAGAACAUCACAGAAACAUUCAAACUAUAAAGCAACGCUACUUGUGACUACCGCCAACGCUACUGAAAUGUGGUUAUUUUUAAGGAGUGAACAUUUUAACAAAAGCAAGUAGCAGACUUGAAUUGGUUUCACCUAGUUUGUCAUGAAGUUUCAUUAGGCACGGCUUGAGUAAAUGAGUUCAACUUUACAAAGCGAACUCAAAAAAUAACAGGUAGACCAAAUCUUUAAUUCCACAAAUAAUUUCGGAAACACCCCUAGCUUGACCAGACUUAAAAGAAGUCACAGGUUUUCUUAACGUCUUUUAAAUCACUUUCUAGUUCCAAACUUUGUCUCUUAGAUAACAGAAGAGCUCAGAUUGCCAAUGUUCAUGGGACGACUGUUAGAUUUCGUCAAAAAAAAGUAUUGUAACUUAGCUUUAUUUAAAACAUUUAUUAAAAACAAAAACUUGAAAGAAAAAGCCGUGUUGCUGGAAAGACACCUAAAACUUCAAAAUUAAUAAUAAUUUUCUAUCGCAUAGAAAUUUAAUGAAAAUUGAGACCAACUUCGAAGUAGGAGACGCUUUCUUCUUCUUCUUCUUGCUGAUGCACACAUUUUUGCUCUCUCAUAAGUUUGUUAAACUCUCGGUCCUGAAACAAUCGACCCGGAUUCGAUUAUUUUGGUUCUCGGGGGGAGUGUUUUUUACCUUUGUUAAGAAUUGUUUUGGUAAUACAUUUUUAAAAUUUGUUAUUAAAAGUUAUUUUUUUCUUUAAAUUGUAUGAGAUCCACAGUAUACAUAAAAAUUUAAGAAUUCAUGAAGUUUUAAGACUUAAGUAAACCGCAUGCGUCAGAAUAUUAAAUAAGUAAAACAGCCAUAAUUUAUAAAAUCAUUAAUAUAAUAAUAAUUAAAUGAAAAUUAAAAGCAUUUUUUGGUUAUUUUGUUUUUU